GUGAUAGUUGGAAUUUCCGCCGGUUAGCUUCUCCGUUAGCCUCUCGUGAGCAGAGAGAACCGUUAGCUGAACCUAAAUAACGGCAGAACAACCCGUCAGAGUUUAGUUCCGUAAACAGAACGGAGACGGACCGGCACCGGAAACUGCUGCACGAAAUGAAACCGAGAAGAAGAACAGUUUUACAUUCAGAUGUAAGAAAAGUGAUCGUUGUUAAAGAAGAGCAGCAGGAGUGGAGCUCCAGUCUGGACCAGGAGGACCCAGAGCCCCCACACAUUAAAGAGGAACAGGAGGAACUCUGGACCAGUCAGGAGGGAGAGCAGCUUCAAGGUCUGGAGGAGGCUGAUAUCAAGUUCUCAUUCACUCCUGUGAAGAGUGAAGAUGAUGAAGAGGAAGCUCAGUCCUCACAGCUUCAUCAGAGACAAACUGAACAGAUGGAAACAGAAGCUGAUGGAGAGGACUGUGGAGGACCAGAACCAGGCAGGAACUCAGAUCCAGAUAGAUAUCCAGAACCAGAUACUGUUGACAAGACUGGAGACUCUUCUGACACUGAUGACAGUGGUAAUUGGAAGAAGACCAGAGAACCUCAGUCAGGUUUAAACUCUGUGAAUAAUGAUGAAGUUUCUGUCAAUGAGUCCAGAUGUAGUGCUGGUGAGAAACCAUUUAGCUGCUCUGAGUGUGGGAAAAGAUUUACAUCGAAGACAAAUCUGAAGAUACACAUGGUAACGCAUACAGGAGAGAAACCGUUCAGCUGUUCAGUUUGUAAGAAAUCUUUUACUCAGAAUGGAAGCUUGCAGAUUCACAUGAGAAUCCACACAGGAGAGAAACUAUUCAGCUGCUCAGAUUGUAAGAAAUCCUUUAUACGAAGAAGAGAUUUACAGGUGCACAUGAGAGUCCACUCAGGGGAGAAACCAUUCAGCUGCUCGGUUUGUAAGAAAUCUUUUACACAAAAUGGACAUUUACAGGGCCACAUGAAAAUCCAUGCGGGAGAGAAACCAUUCAACUGCUCAGUUUGUAAGAAAUCCUUUCCACGAAAAGGAGAUGUACAGACACACAUGAGAAUUCACACAGGAGAGAAACCAUUCAGCUGCUCAGUUUGUAAGAAAUCCUUUACACAGAAUGGACAUUUACUGGACCACAUGAGAAUCCACACAGGAGAGAAACCAUACAGCUGCUCUGUUUGUAAGAAAUCCUUUUCACAGAAUGGAAAUUUACUGCACCACAUGAGAAUCCACACAGGAGAGAAACCAUUCAGCUGCUCUGUUUGUAAGAAAUCCUUUAUACGAAAAAGAGACUUACAGAUACACACGAGAAUCCACAAAGGAGAGAGACCGUUCAGCUGCUCAGUUUGUAAAGAAUCAGCCGGCAGCUCAACUGAACAGAUUAAAACUGAAGGUGAUGGAGAGGACUGUAGAGGACCAGAACCAGACAGACAUCCAGAACCAGAUACAGUUUACAAGACUGGAGCCUCUUCUGAACCUGAGACUGAUAACAGUGAUGACUGGAAGGUGACCAGAAAACCUCAGUCAGGUUUAAACUCUCUGAAUAAAAAUGAAUUUUCUGUCAGUGAUUCCAGAUGCAGUGCUUGUGAGAAAAAAUGUCGCUGCUCUGAGUGUGAUAAAAGAUUUGACUGUAAGGCAGAACUGAAGAGACACAUGAACACUCACACAGGAGAGAAACCUUACAGCUGCUCAGUUUGUAAGAAAUCAUUCACACAGAGUGGAAAUUUACAGAAACACAUGAGAAUCCACACUGGAGAGAAACCAUUCAACUGCUCAGUUUGUGGUAAAGCUUUUGUUCAAAGCGUAACUCUGAAGGCCCACAUGAUAUCUCAUACGGGAGAGAAACCUUUCAGCUGUUCAGUUUGUAAAAAAUCUUUUAAACAGAGUAGAAAUCUACAGCUACACAUGAAAAUCCACACAGGAGAGAAACCAUUCAGCUGCUCCGUUUGUGACAGAAGAUUCACCUGGUCUAAUCAAAUCAAACGACACAAGUGUGUUCGUCAUCAGUCCUCACAGCUUCAUCAAAGACAAGCCGAACAGAUGGAACCGGCAGGUGAUGGCGAAGACUGUGGAGGACCAGAACCAGACAAGAACUCAGAUCCAGAUAGACACCCAGAACUAGAUACUGUUGAGGAGACUGGAGACUCUUCUGAACCUGAGACUGAUAACAGCGAUGACUGGAAGGAGACCAGAGAAACUCGGUAAAAACAGUUGUUUUUACUACAACAUGGUUCCCUUUCCCCACACGUAGUCAAAGAUACAUUAACAAGUGAUCAUUUUAACUGCACAUUACUGCAGUGAUGAAAUAAAAUCAUGUCAUAACCAUUUUGAGUUUUAAGUCAGGAACCACACUAAAAAUACUGAGGCUGUUUACCAAACCGCCUACUACAUACUACUGGCAAAGACAGCAUGCAGUAUAAAGUACAUACUCCAUACUGCGUCCAACAGUAGUAUGAAACUCUUGAAUUUCCGGUCUGCUCGGCGUUAGCCUUUAAACAAGCUUUUAAAGCCCUGGACAAAACAAAAUAUCAAUAUGGCAAUGGUAUUAAAAACACACAACUUAAUGAGUUUUCUAUUUUUUGUUUAUGAUGAAUGUUUGUUUACUUUAUAAGACUUAUAAGAUAAUUUAGCUCCCCCAUCCUUUAAAUAUUGUAUUCCAACAUGUCAUGGUGAAAUAUGAGAGGAGACUGUAAAUAUAAAACAUCGCUUGACAAAAUGUGCUUGAACUGCUUUGUUCAGAGAACCACCCAAACCAGCCUCUCUAUUAAUUUUCCUUUUAAAGAAAUAAUUACCUUGCACACUAUGUAAACUGUUGGGCCUGUUGUGGUUUUUGUGCCUAACUGACUUUUAUGCAGCUUUGUUCUUGUAACAUUUAGACAUAGAGCCUAGAAAGCAGUAUUUCAAAGUGUUAUUUACUUUUAUUCCAUUUUAGGCUCAUUAGUCUUUAUUUCUUUAAGUUUUAUUCUUUUUGAUGAGAUGCUAUUGAUUUCUUACAUUUUAUUGAGUUAACAAUAGUUUGGAAUCAACAUCAUUUUAUUUCUCGUUCUUUAAAUUUCAUUAUUACUGAGUGUUUACUGAUAACCUUUAAGUGAUUUUCGUUCAUUUAUCAAUAUGUAAUCGUAUGUGCUUCUAUACUCACUGAAUAAGAAACAGAUGAUGCACAAUGGAAACUGUGAAACAGACUUCCUGACUGAUGUUCCACUCAGGAAGACCAGACGGGAACCUUCAGGGGGGCCAAGAAUUAAAUGUUAACUUAAACAAGUCUGUAAUUAAUUUAGUCUUCCAUAUAUUGAUCUGAAAGAUUCUCCAAGUAAAGAGUAUAUAAAUAGGUGGAGACAACAAAGAAAACGUGUUUUGGUUUUUAGAAAUCUUUUCUGGUUUUUGGCAUUUCAUCUUUUCUUUUAAAGUCCGAGAAAGGGU